AUGCCUUAUGUUGAUAAAACAGAGGAUUUUUUUAAAAUAGUUGAGAAAUUAAGUAAUGACAAUUUCAACUUGAGAAAAAGCAGAAGUAUUGCACAAGACACAGAGGUUAGUGAACUGGCGUCGAAAAUUACGGACUUACUGCAAGGAGGAAAUCAAAAAUUACAGCAAUUGGAAAGAUGUGUAAAACAGAAAGGAAUAUUUAACGACAAAACAUCGGAAAUUGAAGAACUGACAUAUGAGGUAAAGCAAACUAUCACAGAUACCACUAAUUAUUUAGACACAUUAGUGCAUUAUGCUUACAAUUUAAAUGUUAAUAGUCCACAAGGAAGGACUCAUAUAGACAAUAUAAUUGCGUCUCUAAAAAAUCGACUUUUUGAAUUUACGAAAAAAUUUAAAGAUGUUCUGCAUAUUCGGAGUGAGCAUAUAAAAAAGCAAGUGAACAGAAGAAAAAUGUAUUCCUAUACAUCAAACGAGUCAACAUUUAAUAAUGAAAAUUACAAAUUUACGCCCCUUCGUGAUAUUGAUAUAGAGAGUGGUCAGCAGCAGACGUUAAAAAUGCCGGAAAGAACAUCCUAUUUGCAUUCAAGAGCUGAUGCAAUGGAAAAUAUACAAAAAGUAAUAGGAGAUUUAGCACAAAUGUUUCAAAAAGUGGCUACUAUGGUAACCCAACAAGAUGAAAUGAUUAAACGUAUUGAUGAAGAUAUUGACAUUUCUUUAUAUAAUACUAGAGAGGGACAAAAUUAUCUCUUAUCUUAUUUUAAUAGAAUUACGUCAACGAGGACGCUAAUAUACCAGAUAUUCGCCUGUAUCUUCAUACUGAUUAUAUUUUUUGUGUUAUUUACCUAA